CCAGCUCGAAACACCAAAUAAAGGUAUAAAAGGUAAAAGGCCUCAAGUAGACCAUGACCAUUGCACAAUCUCAUCCUACAACCCUAACCACCAGUCUCGACCCGACAAGACAAACAACAACAACAUGACAAACUGGCCUUCAAUCCCCAUAAAGCCCGCCCAGGGUGUCCCCUUCUACACCCCAGCGCAAUCCCCUCCGGCAGGCACAGCCCGCAAUCCACAAACCAACGGCAACCCCAUCCCCAAACUCUUCCACCCCUUAACAAUCCGCAACCUCACCAUGCAGAACCGCCUCGCCCUGGCCCCAAUGUGCCAAUACAGCGCCGAAGACGGCCACAUGACACCCUGGCACAGCGCGCACUACGGCGGGAUCGCACAGCGCGGACCAGGCGGGGUGAUGAUCAUUGAAGCUACCGGCGUCGUCCCCGAGGGGCGCAUCACGCCUGGGUGCGUGGGUCUCUGGAAGGACUCGCAGAUUGCGCCGAUUAAGGAGGUCAUUGACUUUGCGCAUUCCCAGGGGCAGAAGAUUGGGAUUCAGCUUGCGCAUGCGGGGCGGAAGGCCUCGACGCUGCCGCCUUGGGUUGGGGGUGGUGUUGCCACGGAUGAGGUUGGUGGGUGGACGGAGAAUGUCAAGGGGCCUAGUGCGAUUCCGUUUGGUGAAGGGGGGAUUCUGCCCAAGGAGAUGAGUUUGGAGGAGAUUAAGCUGCUGAAGGAGGCGUGGGGAGCUGCGACGAGGAGGGCGCUUGUUGCUGGUGCGGAUUUCGUGGAGAUCCAUGCGGCGCAUGGGUAUUUGCUUUCGUCGUUUAUGAGUCCGACUUCGAAUCAGCGGGGCGAUGAAUACGGGGGUAGUUUUGAGAAUCGGAUCAGGCUGACGCUGGAGAUUGCGCAGUUGACGAGGGAUAUUGUUGGCGAUGGUGUUGCUGUGUUUCUGCGUGUUUCGGCCACGGACUGGAUGGAGUCGGAGGCUGAUGCGGGCUGGAAGGGCGAGGAUACCGUGCGGUUUGCAGAGGCGCUUGCUUCUCAGGGAGCGGUUGAUUUGAUUGAUAUCAGCAGCGGUGGGAUUGUCGCUGAGCAGAAGAUCAAGUCUGGUCCUGGAUUCCAGGUUCCGUUUGCUGCUGCGGUCAAGAAGGCGGUUGGGGAUAGGAUGCUUGUUGGGGCAGUGGGCAUGAUCAACAACGGUAUCCUGGCGGACAAGAUCCUGGCUGAGGAUGGGCUGGAUGUUGCCCUUGUUGGACGUGCGUUCCAGCGGGAUACCGGCCUUGUGUGGCACUUUGCAAAGGACCUGGAUGUCGAGAUUGCCAUGGCUGCGCAGAUCCGAUGGGGGUUCACCAGUUUCCGCAAUGCGUCUGAGUAUAUCCAGCCGAACUCGAUGAAGGCGUCUAUUUUUGAGUAACUAGACUAUUAGAGAUAGACUAUAGACUGAACAUCAUUUGAAAGGUUCUGAAGUCCAAAAUAGU